UACCAUGUCAGCUCGGUGAGGCUCCGUCGGGGUGGGCCAGCGGGGGAGGCAGACGAUGGCGAUGGGUCCGACGCGAGUGGAGCUGGUCGGCAAGAGGUUCGUGUGCGUGGGUGACGGCGGCGGCGGCGGCGGCGGCCCGGAGCUGGACGUGUCGGGAAUCGGUGAAUGGCGGUGGCGAGCCGGAGUGAUCAGGGCCGUCUCGUACAGGGAGCCGUCCAACAGGGAGCUGUCGGUAUAUGUGGAAUUUGAUGACUUAGAAUGGGAAAACCGUGAAUGGGUUAAAGUUUAUGAAGAUUUCCAGAUUUUCUUGGUGGAGGACCAGCUGGUGUGGGCUAAGAGAAAGAACCCCAGCCAGUGUCAGGGAUCAAAGAAUAAGCUGAUUCAAUGGCCUGCUUUGACAUUCAAGUCCAUAGUGGAAAAGACUGUGGUUCAUUUGUUCAUUGCAAUAGAAUUCUUCGUGGAUAAGCAGCUGAAUUUUGUGCCUGGGGAUAGUGCCUUCCAGCUCUACCAGGAUGAUGUGGAUAGUCUGAAUCCAGUUCUCAGAGACAAUCCGCAGCUUCACGAAGAAGUAAAAGCUUGGGUGAAAGAACAAAAAGUACAGGAGAUUUUUAUGCAAGGUCCUUAUUCAUUGAACGGAUACAGAGUACGAGUAUACAGACAAGACUCUGCCACCCAGUGGUUCACUGGUAUCAUUACUUACCACGAUCUUUUAAGUCGCACUAUGAUUGUGAUGAAUGACCAGGUGCUAGAACCACAGAAUGUCGACCCAUCUAUGGUACAAAUGACUUUUUUGGAUGAUGUUGUUCCUUCUCUGCUGAAAGGUGAAAAUCUAGGUAUCACGUCCAGAAGAAGGUCUCGUUCCAGCCAGAAAAGUACAACUGCUCAUGGUCAUUACACACGUGCUCAAGCAAACAGCCCACGACCAGUAAUGAAUUCACAAACUGGAUCGGUCAAGCAAAAUCAGCAGCAGUUACGGAACAUCCGUUUAAACAAAAGGAAAGGAUCAGAUAGCAGUGUGCCAGAAGAAGAGAAGAUGAAAGAGGAAAAAUGUGACAGUCCUGUAAGAGGAGAAUCUUCAAAGACCAAAACUAGGCAAGCCUCAAAUAAAAGGAGAAAACCAGAAGAGGAUGAAAAGCAAAUUACUUCAAAGAGGCUGAAAGCAGAUAAUAACUCAGACACUGAGAGCAGUGACUCAGAAAAUUCCACCAAUAAAAUAAUCUCAGAUUCUUCCUCUGAGCAAAGUUCAGAAAGUGAACUGAAAAACAAGAACACUUCAGAUGACAGUAAAGAUGAAGGAAAAUCACAGGAAAAUGCAGAGAUAAUGAAACAGUCAGUUAUUCAUCACCCAUCUCCUUGUAAUGAAAUGCUGGGGAAUAAGAACAAUAAUGAAACACAGAAGCCCGAAUCAAUUGGAGAAAAAAUGGACCUCCAGCAAACUGAGUUCAGACACCUUCGGAACAUCAAAUCACAAGAAGAUAUUAUAGGAUGCAUUGUGGAAACAAAAGGCUUCAGUGAAUCUCAGCCUGGAGAACCUUCCACAGAAACUGUGUUAAAAUGCAUUUCUAAUACAGAGAAUGGGACUCAAUCAGCUGAUGUGUUUUAUGAAACAACUUGCAGCAAUUCUUGUAUGUUCACAUCACAAGAAGUAAACUAUCCCAAUCCAAAACCUUUGGUUACAAACCAAAGCACUUCAGAUAUUGGCAAAUCGGAGCUAGAUGUGCUGCUUAAUAGUAAGAUUAGCAGCAAGAUCCAUUCUGAAGUUCUAAAAACAUUUUUAGUUAUUAAUGAAUCCAAUAGUAGAUCCGAAAAAGAAGAAACAUAUAAUGCCUCAAGAGGGAAGACCAUUGGUUCUGCUCGUGCUUCAGCAGAAAUCAGUAAGAAAAAUAAACCAAACACCUCAUCUGAUGUUAUAAAAGCUGAAAUCAAUUACUUGUGCAGCCCAGCUGCUUCUGUUGCCAGGCCAGCUUCUAGAAGUAAAACUGAAUUCUCAAGAGCCAGCUUUCAGCCAGUGGAAAUUACAAAAAGUCCUUUAAUUGUUGAUAAGAAUGAACAUUUUACAGUUUACAGAGAUCCAGCUUUGAUCAACCCUAAUACAGAAGCUAAACACAUGUCUUUGUAUUUGCAUCCACACCUUCGUCCUCUACAUACGUCGGCACAGACAACUUGCUUGACCACAAGUAAUUCCCAUCCAGCAUUAGCAACUCCACAUCAUCAGUCAGGUUCCUCAUCACAGUCGCCUGUUGCUCUUAACAAUGCACCACACCAUUCUGUACAGUCUUCUCACCUCCAUCCUGCAGUUUUGCCUGGAGUUCCCUCAGCUUCUUUGCUAUGCAGACAUCUGGACCCUGUGCAUACAAGGAAUUUAACUCCCUUGGCACUAGCACACCACCAGCAACAAUUUUUACAGCAACAUUCACCUCAGCUUCUUGGCCAGGCACAUCCAUCUGCUCCUUAUAAUCAGCUUGGACUCUAUCCCAUAAUCUGGCAGUAUCCAAAUGGCACUCAUCUAUCGUCAGGCCUCAACAUGACCUCAUCCAAGUGGGUCCAUCCUGAAAAUUCUAUGAAUUCUGAGGCUUCUUUGAGGAGGAAUACUUCCAGUCCUUGGCUACCUCAGCCCACCACUGUAACCUCAGCUGACAGCCUUGGCUUAUUGAGCCACAUUCCUGUAUGUCCUGCCAGUGCUGAUUCUCAUCGACCCCUGAAAUUGACCCAACAUUCUAGUCCACCUUUGCUGAAGUCAGCUGUAGAUCAUCAGAAAGAGGAAAUUGACAGUAAAACGUUCGCUGAACCAUUAUAUUCUGUUGCACCUGUUCAAACGAAGCCUGAUUUUGAUCAUGGCAGACCGUUGCAUGGAUUGGAAAGCCAGUUGCCUCGAUGCUUUACAAACACUAUCUUUAGUCAGGGUAAACAGAAAAGAACACCGCAAGAACAAAACAAAUGUUACAAUAAAUACAAAGAAGAGAGCCGUAGGAUUCUGCAGGAGAGCAUAGAAGUCGCUCCCUUUGCAACCACUAUCAAGGUAAAUGAGUCAGUGAAAGAUACUUGUUCCAGAAUACCUUGUUUACCUACAGCUAGCCCCAAACCACAAAAUAUAAAACAAGAAAGAGAAACCCAGCAUUGUGCAACAGAACUUUAUACAUUAAAGAAUUCAAUACCUCAGACUCUACCCCAGAGUAACUAUUUUACCACCUUAUCAAACAGUAUUGUAAACGAACCACCUCGAUUGUAUCCAUAUAAGGAGACAGUAAAUCCUUAUUCUGAGAAGACUAAUCCUUCAACGCCUUCUCAUCUUUCAUAUAACAAUAAGACUCUUUCAAAACCUCCCCCUCUUAUUAAACACCAACCAGAGGGUGAAAGGUUACGAAGCAAAAUUACGGAACAGCUUUCCCAGCAAGUGUCCUCUCAAACUGGAAAGAUAAGUAAUACAGACUACAAGAGAACCAGGGAACAGUUAUCGGGUUCAUCCACAACCUCCCACAGAAUUAUGCCAUCUUUACACAGAGCACCGGUAUAUCUGCAUUCAUCUCAACACAUUGCAGAGCGAAAAGAAGGGAACUAUCGGAAUCUGUCCCCACCAACUCUAACUCCAAUACAACCUGUACAUGCCGCUGUUAAGCUUUCAGAACUCCAGAAACCUCCAACUUUAUUGCCAGAGCCAAGAGCAGAUGUCAAAAAUUACAUGAAUAAUCCUGCAUUAGCUUCCGCUGACAUCUGGAAAAAUGAUGCAGUGAAUCGUGGUAAGCGAGAAUGUCAUUCUGAGAACAGCAGCAAGGUUUUACAAGUAACCCAGGCAUCUGUUAUUGUGCGACCACCUUCUGCUAUUAAGCAGGAUAAUCUACCAGAAAUGCAAUCAAACGCGAAAGAAUCUGGAAGAGAGAGAUCAUUAACUUGGUCAAAUCCAGUAAAUUACCUCAAACCAUCGGAAGUAAAAGAAGUGGGAAGAAUAAUUUUGCCCAAUUUGAAUUUGGACACUACUUGCACACAGUACGAAAAGAGCAUCAAAGCUUUUCAACCAUGCAACAGUUUGAAUUCUUUGGCUGCUCCCAAUUCCUUGUGCAAUAGCAGAACUGACUUGUUCACUUCCGUAACCCAAGCAACGAACAAUGUAAGUGGUAAUGAUGGAACAGCAGUUGCCAAUUCUUCAUCUUCUACCACAGUGACUAACAAUGUGCCAGAGAAUACUGCUCCGAGAACUUCAGCUCAUUCGGGGAUACAAACCCAGGAAUGCAAAGUUAAUAUCACAUCCUCUGCAGCUUUUGUAACUACUAGUACCAGAACAGGAAGCACUACACAGAAUAACGCAAGCCUCUCAAGUACAACUGAUUAUUACCAGCUGAAGAAGCACAAGGCAGCCCUGGCAAUGGCUCAUUCCGGAACCACUAAUGCUAAUAACAAUGAGCAUGCAAGCCUUAAAAGUGAAAAAAGUUCAACAUGUCUCUCUCCUAAUAGCAAUGGAACAGCCAAUGUCUCACACAAAGUAAAUUCUAUCACCAAUGGCCAAACAGUUCAAUCAAGUCAACCUAGUUAUCACACAAAGCUUAAGAAAGCCUGGCUAACCAGACAUUCGGAAGAAGACAAAAACACAAAGAAAACAGAAACUUCUGAGAAAGACACGAGCACAGUAAUUUCAGUUUGUUCAUUAGCCUCUAGUUCAGAUGAUAAAGAAAAAAUAGAUCAAUCUCAGGAAGAGAAAACUGAGCAGGAAGAACCGAAGAUGAGAAGAGGAACAAAACGAGUUUACGAAUCUGGAUCUGAAAGUGAUGCUUCAGAUGAGAGUGAAAGUAAAUCAGAUCACAGGGUCAAACGUCAACCUAAACCAACCUACAAAAAGAGACAAAAUGAUUUACAAAAGAGGAAGGGUGAUAUUGAGAAGGAUGAAGAAGAAAUUAAACCUAAUGGUACUUUGUGUAAGAUUACAAAGGAAAAGAAUAAAAGUAAACUUCAGAGUGAUGGUUUACCGCGAUCAGUGUUGAAGGACUGGCGGAAAGUUAAGAAGCUGAAGCAGACUGGAGAAUCUUUUCUGCAAGAUGGUUCAUGCUCUCAAAUAGCACCAAACCUGCAGAAGUGUCGGGAAUGUCGAAUGGUUCGCUAUCGGAAGAAUGAGGAAAUUAGUCUGUCAGCUGUGUUCUGCAGAUUUUAUUAUUUCCGCCGACUGGCAUUUAGUAAGAAUGCAGUAUUAAGGACAGAUGGAUUUUCCACUCCAGAACAGUAUGAUGAAGAAGCAAUAAACUUGUGGCUAUCUAAUGAUUCUACAGAUGUGGAAUUGGACAUAGAAACCUCCAAGUACAUUUUGAGCAAUAUUGGGGAUAAAUUCUGCCAAAUUGAGACAUCUGAGAAGGCUGCUAUAUCUUGGCUUGAACCAGAUGCCAAAAUAGCCUGGAAAAGAGCUGUAAAAGGAGUUCAGGAAAUGUGUGAUGCAUGUGAAGCCACAUUGUUUAACAUCCAUUGGGUCUGCCAGAAAUGUGGAUUUGUGGUCUGCCUGGACUGCUAUAAGGCAAGGGAAAGCAAUGGUUCCAAAGAAAUUAAAGACCUUUAUGUCUGGCUAAAAUGUGUCAAAGGCCAAGUUCAUGAUGCAAAGAGUCUAAUGCCCACACAAAUUAUUCCUGGCAGUGUCUUGGCCGACAUUAGCGAUAUGAUGAAUACCUUCAGAAACAAGUGGGAAAUCAUUACACGUACUAAUGAACAAAAUAUCCAGCUUGUCAAACUCUCAACAAGUAACGGAAUUUCACAGGUUCUACAGAGUGUUCUAAAUCACAACACAAACAUCUCAGCAACAAAGCAAAACAGUACUUCUGAGAAGCUAGACACUAAUGGCAGUUCCACCAGCCCCGUGAACGAAGUCACCAUUGAAAAAACAAAAGAAGUAUCUCUCCCGAAGACGGUGAAGAUUGAACUAAAUCAAGCAGACAAUGCUGAUUCACUGAAUUGCAAAGCUUCACCUGUCUGUCUCAGCAGCGAGCGGGGUUCAACCUUACGGGAUUUACUGACCACAACAGCUGGCAAAUUGCGAUUAGGUUCAACCAAUGCUGGCAUUGCAUUUGCCCCAGUGUUUUCUGCAGGAACACCUACUGGCAGAGGUGCAAGGAAUGUGCCAAACAUCUUAGAUGAUAUCAUUGCAUCAGUAGUAGAAAAUAAGAUCCCACCAAGUAAAACUCUUAAGCUAAGUGGAAAAGAAGAAACAAAAGAGAAUGACCAAGGAGGAAUUAAAAAUCUCAAUUUAGAUGAGGUUAGCAAAACUCAUGCUGCAAUUCCACAUUCUUGGCUCUGUGAUGGGCGCCUGUUAUGGCUACAAGAUCCGAGAAACCACAGAAACUGGAGGAUAUUCAGGGAAUGCUGGAGACGAGAACAGCCUGUUUUGGUGUCGAGUGUGCACAAAAAUCUAAAUUCCAACAUAUGGAAACCUGAAAGUUUUAGGCAAGAAUUUGGAGAGCAGAAGGGUGACCUCAUUAACUGCAAAGAUGGUACUUUAAUUUCCAAUAUCAAAAUCCAAGACUUCUGGGAUGGUUUUGAAGAUUCAGCAAAACGAUUGAAGACCAAGACUGGUGAAGUUAUGUUACUGAAGCUGAAGGAUUGGCUUUCUGGCGAAGAGUUAAGAACCAUGAUGCCUUCAAGGUAUGAUGAUUUAAUGAGAAAUUUACCACUGCCAGAGUAUUGUGAUCCAGAAGGAAAUCUGAAUUUAGCUUCCCGGUUACCAAAUUUCUUUGUGCGGCCAGAUUUAGGGCCCAGAUUGAACUGUGCAUUUGGACAGACCACAGCUAAAGACUAUGGAACUACCAACCUCCACCUAGAUAUUGCCGACGUUGUCAAUAUUCUUGUCUAUGUUAGUGUACCAAAAGGAAGUGGCAACAGUCAUAAAACAGCCAUUUGGAAGAGAAUUGAGGAAGAAGAAAUGGAUGAAAAUACAAAGAAAAGGUUGAAGGACUGUGGUGAAAUCCCAGGUGCUUUAUGGCAUAUUUACUCAGCCAACGAUGCAAAGAAAAUAAGGGAGCUUCUACAAAAGGAACGGGGCCAAGAAUCAGUUGAACGUGAUCCAAUCCGUGAUCAGAGCUGCUAUUUGAACAAGAAAUUGCGUUGGAAGCUUUAUGAAGAAUAUAGAAUACAGAGUUGGACCAUCUUUCAGUUCUUAGGUGAUGCAAUCUUCAUACCAGCAGGGGCGUUGCGUCAGGUGCAAAAUAUUUACAAUUGUAUUCAAGUCUCUGAAGAAUUUGUGUCACCAGAACAUGUAGUACACUCUUUCCAUCUUACCCAGGAACUGAGACAUCAAUCAAACCAAGAGAUUAAUUAUGAGGAUAAACUGCAGGUAAAAAAUAUAAUUUACCAUUCAAUUAAAGAUGCUGUGGUAACCCUGAAGAUGCAUGAAGAAAAGAUGUCAAAUGCACAAAAUUCUUAAUAUUUUUGCAGUUUCAUGAUUCUACAACGCUGACCAUAUUAAGACAAAUAUAGCUGUUACAUAGUCACUGUUCAAAACCACAAAUCUAUAGUGCCAAGGAAAUUUCAAAUGAUGUCAUUGGAAGUCAUGGCUGUUGUAUUAAAUUACCCAAUCUCAAAUUAAUGCGAUUACAAAGAAAAUAAUUUUAGCUUAUGAUAAUCUACAGGAAAAUAGCACCGUGUUGUUCCAUGUAUUAUAUUGUACAUUGUGAAAAUGACAGAUAUAUUUAUUUUUCAAAACAAAAUGCUACAAAAUUUUAUGCCAUAUUAUAGAUCAAUGUGACUUGUACAGUUUAGUUUGCUACAAUUAAUAUUUUUCACUACAUUGAGACAGUUACUGUGAGAAGGUAAACACAGCUACCAUCUAUGCCUAAUUCUUUUAUUGGUGAAGCGCACAGCUGUUCAUGUCAUAUCUUAACACGCUGACAAAUAACUAAACAUUCUGAAGAUCCACAUAAUACAGAAAUGACAAUGGAUAUAUUAUACAGAGACAUCAGCAUUUUAUUAAGUAUUCAUUGUAAAAUUUAAACAUUUACUAAGUUGUAAUUUAUUCAGAAAUAUUGUCUUGUUAAAUUUGUUAUGGUGAACUUUUGGAAGCAAAUGACUAUUACCAAGAAAGUUAAUAUUCUGUGUAAAUACUUAUAAAUAUAUACAUUCAAUGAUGUAUUUUUUUAAAACAGUUUGCUUUGGUUUGUUAUUAAAGUGCAAGUGUUAUAUGCUUUGUACAUUGGAGUUGAAAAGGGUUUUACAUUUUCCAUUAAAAUAGAUUUAUCAAA